GUUUCACAAUUUCAAUUUAAUACAUUCCGGCAGCCGUCGACAAUCUGUGUGCACCCCGAACAUUAACAAUUCGAAACAUUUUGUGCGCACGCACAAUACUACCAAAAAUUUUAAUUGAACAGAAGUGCCACAACAAAGCCAACACUUGUCGCUGCCGGGAAAGUUGGCACGUGGUGUGAGUUUGCAAUUCAACGAUCCGUAUUUGCUUGCUAUUCUGGAAAGAAGAAUAUAAUACACAAGGUGUUUCACAACACGGCUACAACACUACAGCAUACAACUGUCCCUGUCACGCGCAAGCCAUUCAGACUGCUGUUCGCAUCGUGUCGGUCGCUCUUUUGCUCUGUUCGUUCGGUCCGGUCCGCCUGCCCAGAAUUGAUUGAAAUCGAGUCACAAAAAAAAUAAUCGUCGCCGUAGUCUUCGUCGGGUCGCCGUUUACACGCGCAGUGCUAGAGCUGCAAUAUUUCGAGACAAGGGACACAAAUUAUAAGCAGAGCAAAUUCAAGUGGAGAGCACAGCGCAGCCUUUGUGUUUCGUUUAUUUUCCAGCGAUUUUAGACACAAGUUCGGUUCCGUUCCGUUUUCGACUCGAUAAAAGCAGAACAAAAGAAUCCGCGAACGAGCCAGAGCCACACAGACCAACCAACCAAACACUCACACUCACACAACCAAACCAGAAAAUCAAAUUUCAAUCAGAAAAUGGCGUUAAAAAGAAUCAAUAAGGAGCUUCAAGACCUGGGCAGAGAUCCACCUGCACAAUGUUCAGCCGGACCAGUUGGAGACGAUUUGUUUCACUGGCAAGCUACAAUAAUGGGCCCGCCGGACAGCCCUUAUCAAGGAGGUGUAUUCUUCUUAACUAUACAUUUUCCAACAGACUAUCCCUUUAAGCCACCAAAAGUGGCUUUUACAACGCGCAUAUACCAUCCAAACAUCAACAGCAAUGGAUCGAUUUGUCUCGAUAUAUUAAGAUCUCAGUGGUCGCCAGCAUUAACUAUUUCAAAAGUCUUAUUAUCAAUUUGCUCUCUACUCUGUGAUCCCAAUCCAGACGAUCCGCUUGUUCCAGAGAUUGCCCGAAUAUAUAAAACUGAUCGGGAAAAAUACAAUGAGCUGGCACGAGAGUGGACUAGAAAGUAUGCUAUGUGAUGCGUUCCAGAUUGCAGUCCAACAAAAACAGCAACAUCAGCAGCAACAACAACAGCACCAACAGCAGCAAAAGCAAACACAACAACAACAGCUACAACAACAACAACAGCAACAAAGAUAACAACAAUUUACAACAAUAGUCAAAAAAACACGAGGAGAAUGAACAGCUACAGCCGCAGCAGCAGCAAUGUUGCUAUUGCUGGCAACAGCCGCCGGGCGGUUGAUCACAACAACAAUAACAAGAACAACUUUAAUAGCAACAACAACAAUAUCAGCAGGAGCUGCGGCUAUAGCAAAAACAAAAAAACCAACACUGACACCGACACCAACAUCAGAAUUUUCAGUCAUCCCAACAAAAGAUACAACAGAUACACCAACACCAACAA